GUCGCUAACCUAACCACGUUAAAAGAAUCCUACAAGCAUGGCUCGUACCAAGCAGACUGCUCGCAAAUCGACUGGAGGUAAAGCUCCUCGAAAACAACUCGCUACCAAGGCAGCUCGUAAGAGUGCGCCUGCAACUGGAGGUGUUAAGAAGCCUCAUCGUUACCGACCUGGAACUGUUGCUCUACGAGAAAUUCGUCGCUACCAGAAAAGUACUGAGUUACUCAUCCGUAAAUUGCCAUUCCAACGGCUUGUUCGUGAAAUCGCUCAGGACUUCAAGACUGACUUGAGAUUCCAGAGCUCAGCUGUGAUGGCUCUUCAAGAAGCCAGCGAAGCAUAUCUCGUUGGUCUUUUUGAAGAUACCAACUUGUGCGCCAUCCACGCUAAACGAGUAACCAUCAUGCCCAAGGACAUUCAACUUGCUCGUCGUAUUCGAGGAGAGCGAGCUUAAACUGCUUCAUAGACCAACGGCCCUUUUCAGGGCCAU